AUGAAGACUGCUGCCACCAUUGCCGCCUUCCUUGCGCUGAGUGUUCUAGUCACCGAUGGAGCGCAAGCUUCUUCCAAUACACCCGAGCCCCGCCGCCUUCAACAGACUGCCGAUGCGCCAGCAACCGAAGAUGACGAAGACUGGAACCACCACGACCAUCACCACCACCACGUGAAGAAAGUCAAGAAGAUCGCCAUUCCCGUCCCCGUGGAAGUGCCGCAGUACAUCCCUGUCCCGGUCAGUGUUCCGUCGACGGUGGUGGCCAGCUCCAACACUGCUGUGGUUGCGCCUGGAGCACCCGGCGCCCCUGGGGCCCCUGGCGCCCCUGGUGCUCCCGGAUCCCCCAAUGCACCGGGUGCUGCACCUGCCACUCCUGCCCCGACUACUACGCGCGGACGCCCUGCAGCAACCCCUGCUGCCACGGUACCCGGCAGGGCGAGAGCCACACCAGCACCAACUAGCUUUGCCGGUGCGACUGCGCCUGCAGCUCAACAACCCGGUGCAUUGUCGCCGCCAGCAGGCGCAACCGGUCCCAAUGCGGGCGGGCCUCCUGGACCCAUUGGUGCCUUCGGUGGCAAUCCGAUGGGCGGCUUCGGCGCUGGCGGUCCUAUGACCGGUCCUGGCGGCGGCAUUGGCGCUGGCAAUCGCAUGGACGGCGGCCUUGCUGGAGUUUUUGGGGCUGGGAACCCGAUGGGCGGUCGUAGCGGCGGGAUGCUUGGCGGUGCUGGAGCUGGAAUGAAUGGCGGCACAUUCAGCGGAAAUGCAAUGGGCGGGCAGCAGAUGGGCUUCGGCGGAGCGCAAGGCGGAAACGCGUUUGGUGGGAUCAGUGGCCAAGGUGCACUGGGGAACUUUGGCCAGGUUGGUGCCGGUGGAGCGGGCGCAGGCUUUGGAGGCGGUGCACCGAUGGGUGCUGGCAACGGCUUUGGAGGUGGCUUCAACCGCUUCUAA